AGCGUCCACAGUGUGGUACCUGUCGUAAAUCUAAGCGAGAAUGUAAAUAUGAACUUUCUGCAUCAUCAAAGCGUGGACGGCCGAGAAACGAAGUCGAAAUGUUACAAGAGCAAAUCGAGGAUAUUCAAAAUAUACAGUACCAUCAGUUGAAUCAAAUGGGAUCUCUACUAAAAAUGGCUGUAUUGCCUGAUGCUCAAGAAACAAUGCCUAUGGCUAGUGAUAAUAAUGCGGUGGGUGAUUAUCUUAUGUCAAAUAAUCCUACCGAUGAAGCAUAUGGGUGGAACAAUUUUUAUUCUCCCUUAAUAAGUGAUGAAAAUCCUCCGCCAAGUUUAAAUCUAGAUCUUUCAGGAGAUACCUUAACGUUUUUUACGGAAUUUAAACCAGACCAAUCCGAUUUGCCAAUACAGGAUCCUUUGGAUCAACUCGCUGCUAAAUUUAAAUCUUCUCUAUAUGUGGGCCCUUCAUCUUUAGUAACGUUAAAUGAUGAUGGAGAAGAGCAACUCAUACCUCAAGAUGAUUUUUCCGAUUUAUCUUUAGUUGAGGAUCAACUAAAGGUUUUACCAAUUCCUGGAAUUGCAGAGAGCUUGAUUGAUGUCUACUAUCAAGUAAUUGAAACUUUCAUUUUUCAUGGAUUUGGAUUGCAUCGUAAAGUCAAGAGUGAUCAGAUUAGUGACGAAGUUAAAGAAAUGCAAGAUAUGGCAUUUUGGGGUUUUUUUGCUUCUGAAACUUGGGUUUCAGCUUGUUAUGGUCGUCCAAGCGCUAUAGAUGAGUCUACAUGCGAUGUUGAUCUCCUUUCAAUACCACCAGAUUCAAAUCCAGAUGAAGAAACACGAUUGCAUAUAGCUUGGGUCUUACAUAUCAAUUUGUUGCGCAUUUUUGCUCAAGUUCGUAAAUAUUUACAUGGUUGGGCAAAAAUUGCUGGCAGUAGUCGGGAGGAAAACCAGUUUCGUUUUUUAGAUGGAACGUUAGGGAAAUGGUUUUAUACUUUACCACAUUGGCUAAAAUUUGAAGAAAUGGCACAAGAUCCGAAAGGAAGUUUCUUAGGAGAAAUGCAUACUCUUUUCUGGACGGUACUUAUUCUUCUUCAUAGUCGCAAUCUUACCAUGUUCACUUCGGAUCAUUCGUUGGAUGAUUCAAAUUUGGCAUCUCAAACUAUUUGUGUUCAUGCUGCAAUAAUUCUUCUCCAUUGUCUUGAUGUGCUUAUGAAUACUGUGCCAAAUUUUUAUGAACAAACUUGCACUGCUCUUUUUUCGUUUGCACCUGCCAUACGUGUGUUAACGUGGACUGCUAAACGUGGUGAUUCUAAAGCAGAGCUUAUGGUACAAAGGCUAAAUGAGAUUAAGAAAGAAGUUGCAGAGAUUGCAAGGCGAAGAUUUGUUGACCAAACAACAGGUGAAGGUAGAUUAGAUGGUGAGGAAAAACUAAAAGGAAGUUUAAACGUAUUUAAGGCGUACGAAGAACAAGCGACGUUUGAUUCUGAAAAACAAAAAGAUAAUUCAUAUAAAAAAUACCGAAAGUCCCCUAACUUACCUUCGUGGGUUGACGCUGGAAUUUGGCUGAAGCUUAAAUUGUAA